AUGUCUAAGCGUACUUUGUCCUCGUCUAUCUCUUCUCGUCAAACUCGGGCCUCUACUGUGGCCAUUCUCCCCGACGUCGAUCCCGAACUUCUCAUGCGUCAAACGAAAAGAAUGAGAAUUACUUCCCAAGCGCCAGUUCCCUCUCAAACUCCAUUGGUUGACGCUUCUCGCAGGGCUCUCGACACCAUUAAGGAUCGAUAUCAAUCCGGCCCUUCUCGCGACCAACAAUCGUCUCUUCUCGAUGACGAGGUCAUCGAGCAAUAUAUCGACUUCGAAGCGGGGGCAGGGCCAUCUACCACUGGUGAGAACCCAUCUCCUGCGAAAUCUGUCGAGUCCGAACACGGUACCAUCGUUGAAAAUCAAAAUUCUCCUGGUAAUAAGUCCCCUGUGCCACCUUCUGAUUCCGAGGGGCUUGUCGAGGUUCCCCAUGAACUCGAAACCAUUUUUCACGCCCCUCGCAAGGUUCCGGUCAAUGAUGAACUUGCUAAGGCUCUGGAUGCUCGAAAAGACUCGGAAAUUGGUGAGAGUUCUACAGAAUUCUGUGCGUUUCUCUGCUGCUGA